AUGCUCCCAGCGCUCCCACGCGUGCUGUCACCCUCCCAGGUGCCGCCCACACAGCCGCGGGCCCCCGGCGCGCGAGCUCGGGACGGCUGCGCAGCGUCCUCGGAGGCAGGUGCUGGGGGCAAAACGACCUCUCGGAGGAUGCCGCGGAGCGGGGCGCGUCGCCCCCCUCAGUCCACCAGAGCCCGGAUACCUCAGAAAUUCGGCUCUGGGUCUGUGGGGAGCGAAAUGCAACCCAAACCCCGUUUUUCCGAUCCCCGCGCAAAUAAACACGCACAAGCACGCACACAGACCUCGCCGCGGCAGGCCCUCGCCGCCGCAGGUCUAGGCGGCCCGGGCCGCGAGGGAAGAGCCCAGGCCGGAGAAGGGGUCGCAGCCUACGUCUCGUAGCCCAAGGGGCGGCCGCUCGGCCUCUGCCGCUCGCUGGCGCGAUGUAAGUGCUCGGCGUCACCGACCCGGCUCAACGGUGCAACGGCCGGCCUGGGCCUGCAACUCUGGGGUCCCGGCCGGGCGGGAGCGGCCGCCGGAGAGACCUGGUAGGCGGGGCUCUUGGGGCAGGAAGGGAGCCGGGGAGGGAAAAGCGCGACCGUGAUUUGUACGGCUGGGCCCGGACCCGGCAGGAGAGCGCGUUGCGGUGCCCUCACACCGACCAGCCGGGACGGCAGACUGCGGCCGCCCUUCGCUCAACUGGGUCGCCGACGGAGUUGAGGGGCGACCACUGCGGGGAGGUGGGGAGCCUGCGGCCAGUGUCUAAGACGGAUGGCAGUGCCCUGAGCGCGGCGGCGGGGUCUCGACACUGACUAGUGGAAAGGCGGUCGGAAGAGAGCGGGACCGUCGCCUCUGGCUUAACAUGGCAGAUGCGCCGAGACUCCAACAGGUGGCUCCGUGGCGCAAUGGAUAGCGCAUUGGACUUCUAGAGGCUGAAGGCAUUCAAAGGUUCCGGGUUCGAGUCCCGGCGGAGUCGUGGUGUUUUUUCUCCCCGUCCCCCUACAAUUUAUCUUCUGCCCCAAUCAUGUCUGCUUUUUCUCUUCUUUUCUUUUUUGCUAAACAGCUUAAUUCGUCUCUCAUUCCCUGCCCUGCUCUCGCAGUCACUGCAUUACGGUCCUUUCCUCUCAAGCGGGUCGCAGGGUCCCGCGCCCCUUAGCUCCCCGAGCCUCGGUGGCGCAAGGUCCGGCUCAGCCGACUUGGCAGUCGAUCUAAGUCCUGAGAAGAGCAGUGGCAGCGGCAAAGGAAAAGAAGCGACAAAAAAGCAAGGGAUCGCGGUUUUGGCCUAAAGAAGAGUGCAGGGGAGGCCCGAAUCUCGGGUGACACCUCCGCGCCUUGAGCCGGGCUGUGGCUGCAAAGGAGGGACGAGAAAACGCGUCUACGCCCUGCGUGGACUGUGCCAGCUGACUACCUCUGCAGCAUGGAGGCUUCCAGAUGAGCAGGCACUCGAAUGCCAGCGGGAGCCUGUCAAAAAUGGAGAUUCUGCUGUCACUGUGGGACUCUAAUUCGGUCAGUCUGGGAUGGGCCCAGGAAUCUGCAUUUCUAAGGUCGCCCUCUCUCCUCCCCCAUUAUUUCAGUGCAAAGAGGUCCAAGGCCCACUGCCCAUCAGCUCCUCAGGACAGGAAUUACUGUAUCUCUUUUUCUGACAACUCUUAGCUUUGCACAAGCUUAGCAAAUAAGGAAUGAAUGAAACCUUAAAACUCAUAAAAUACAAUGAAAGAUAAUUCACACAAAAGAUGUAAAAUCCAAAAUUGUCAAAAAGGGUACAGGGAAAAGUAAACAUCCUUGUUAUUCUUAUAGGCCAGCCUUGCAAUUCUCUCUACAAGCCAUUAGUGGUAAUGGUUUCUUGGAAAUAUUUUCAGAUUUAUUUUAUGAUCACG